GCUGCCGUCUCAUGGCCCAGCCCUUGUUAAGGAGACGCAGUGCUCUCAUACUCGUUCUGAUCAUCUGGAAGCUGCAGCUUCAUGCCGUAAGAAGUGACGUCAAAGUUUGGAGUACAACAAACACAGAGGAUCACUUGGGACCAUUAGAACCAAACCACAUGGCAAGCGACAAAGCACGGUUCAGUUGUCCCGUUGGUUUAAGAAGGAAAGCUGGCACUUCUAGUUUGGCUUUAUGCAAGAAAACAACUUUUAAAUGUGAAUUAAGAGAUCCAUCCUCUCAAGUUCUUACUACCAUGGAACUUCCCAAAGUUGAUAGCAGCCCUGCUCCUAUGUCAGAUUUGAGUUCCCCAGCAUCAUUACCAACUAUGUCAACAGAAAAAGGAAGACUUACAACAAGGUCUUUCACUGCAAAGAAAACAGAAACGAUAACACAUACCAGUGAUGGGGUUACACGGCUGGCCAAGCCUCCAGACCGUAGUACAACAACCACUCCGAAUAAAUCCGAUAACAGACAUGACAUUGUUACAAAAGACAGAAGUGUGGAAAGGACUACAGGGGAAAACACAGCCACUGAUGGAACCGUGAAGUGGAACAACACAGAGGAUGAUACAGCCACCACACAAGCACCCGAGUCCACAGUGAAGCUUACUGGAGGAAAGGAGUGA